AUGAGUAAGUUCGUGCAGAUCAUGUGUAUAGUCAUUUUAUAUGUUGAGUUCAUAACUGGAAAUUUAGGAAACGGCUUCAUAACAGUGGUGAACUUCAUGGUCUGGAUCAAGAGAAGAAAGAUCACUCUGUUUGAUCAAAUCCUCACUACUUUGGCAAUUUCCAGAAUUUGUCUGCUCUGGUCAGUAGCCAUAUACAUAUUAUCGAUUUUUUACCCAGGCUUGUUGCCUGAAACAACGGCAAAAAUGGUUGGUUUUAGCUGGACAGUUUCUAGUCAUUUUAACAUCUGGCUCACGACAUGUCUCAACAUAUUUUAUUUUUUCAAGAUAGCCAAUUUUUCUAAAUCUAUAUUUCUUUUUCUUAAAUGGAGAGUUAAACAGGUGGUUUCACUGACCUUUUUAGUGUCAUUGGUCUUGUUGCCUUUAUACAUUAUACUGACAAACCCAUAUCUCGAUACUUGGAUUAAUGGAUAUGAAAGGAAUAUGUCAGACAUUUUCAAUUUGAUUAACUCCACACAAUUGUUUAAAAAUAUUUUACUCAGAAGCAGUAUAUUUGCAUUCAUACCCAUUACUGUGUCCAUGACUACUUUUCUCUUGCUCAUCUUCUCCCUGUGGAAACAUCUGAAGAGGAUGCAGCAGAGUGUCCGCGAGUCCAGAGAUGUCAGCACCACGGCCCACAUAAAAGCUUUGCAAAUUACAGUUGCCUUCCUCCUCCUGCACGUCGUUACUUCACUUUCUUUUUUCAUACAAAUUUUGAGCUUUGAAUUGCUGGAUAAAUCAUUCAUGUUUUUAUUUUGCCAUGUUAUUCUUUUUGCUUUCCUUUCAGGGCAUUCAUGUGUCAUAAUUUUGGGAAACAAAAAGCUGAGACAGACAUCUUUUUUCUUGCUUCAAUGGCUAAGGUGCUGGUCCAAAAACGUGGAGCCUUCAGCCCCCCACUAA